AUGGUAAAGCAAUUCGAUCUCAGUGAAUUGAUCACGUGCCCUGUUGCACCUGGCGCCGUCGUGCUUCGUUUUGACAAAUUGUUUCCUUACCACCAUUCAGGGCCGAGUCUCAAAGUUAACAUACACAUCUAUGAGGACCUGGGUGAUGAAGAUGAAGAUGAAAUACUGUGUCUCGACUUCAGUUACCAGACUUCAAGUACUGCCUCGGUCUCUUCUUAG